GAGCGAGCCCCCGCUGCCCCUGGCGCUGGCGAGGUUUCAGCUCUCCGAGGAGUACGGUUCCCUGCUUCCCGAGCCUCUGACAGAGCUGCCCGUGCCCUACGGUCCAUGGAUGGAGAUUGCCCACGACCUGCCCCAGCUGAUCACGAGCCAUCGGCUCCGCUCACGAGUUCACCAGAUGCCACAGCUGAGCACCCGGCACCUCCGCGGGCGCGAGGAGCUGCACUUGGCGCAUCUGGUGCUCAGCUUCAUCACCAUGGGCUACCUCUGGCAGGAGGGCGAGGAGGGCACCGUGAAGGUCCUGCCCCGAAACCUUGCUGUCCCCUUCUGGGAGGUCUCGCAGGCCCUGGGCCUCCCACCCAUCCUCAGCCACGCAGACUUCGUGUUGGCCAACUGGAGGAGGAAGAACCCCAAUGGGCCCCUGGAAAUCGACAACCUGGACACCAUCAUCUCGCUGCCUGGGGGAGAGAGCCUGCGAGGCUUCAUCCUCGUAACCCUCCUGGUCGAGAAGGCGGCUGUGCCAGGGUUUAAGGCAAUCGUUGAGGCUGUUCAUGCCGUCCUGCAGCUGGAUGAGGAGACCCUGCACAGAGCACUGCAGGAGCUGGCAGAGGCCAUCCGGGACAUGAGCAAGGCUUUGAAACGGAUGCAUGACUACGUGGAUCCAGCAGUGUUCUACGCUGUGAUCCGCAUCUUUCUCUCUGGCUGGAAGGAUAACCCGGCCAUGCCGGAUGGGCUGAUAUACGAAGGGGUAUCUGAUGAGCCCAUGGAGUACUCGGGAGGGAGCGCGGCGCAGAGCACCAUCCUUCAUGCCUUUGAUGAGCUCCUGGGCAUUCGCCACAGUGAGGAGAGUGCCGCCUUCCUGCACAGGAUGAGGGAUUACAUGCCCCCGCCGCACAGAGCCUUCGUGGAGGAGAUCCGCCGAGCCCCAUCCCUGAAGCAGCACGUGCUCUCCUCCGGAGACACGCGGCUCCACGUGGCUUUCAACCAGUGCGUGUCUGCGCUGGCGGACUUCAGGUCCUACCACAUCAUCAUCGUCACCAAGUACAUCACCGUGGCCAAGGCCAAGGCCGGGCGGGCAGAGCCGGGUGGCAAGUCUGGCUCCUCCAUGGGGAAGCCGCCGUCCGCACUGGAGGCCAAAGGGACCGGAGGGUCCCACAUCUUCAGCUUCCUGAAGAGCAUCAGGGACACCACCAGGGAAGGGAUGAUAAGUGCCUGA